AUGGCCUCCGAUCUUGACCAGCUCAUAGAGAUGGGCUUCGACCAGGAGCGAGCCCAACUAGCCGUUGCCAAAGCCGGAAACCUGCAAGGGGCAUUGGAAUGGCUCGAGGAAAACCAAGACAAACCGCUGGAUGAGAUCAAGGCCGCGCAAGAAGCAGAGGGUGAAGAUGGCCCCGCUCUCAAGCCUGGCGAAGAAGCUCGCAGUUUAGUCUGCAAUGAUUGUGGCAAGAAGUUCCGAAGCCAGGCGCAGGCCGAGUUCCACGCAUCCAAGUCCCAACACGUCGAUUUCUCAGAGUCCAUGGAGGAGAUCGCUCCUUUGACCGAGGACCAGAAGAAGGAGAAGCUACAGGAGCUGAGAGAGAGACUUGCCGCCAAGCGAGCUGUGCAAUCAGUGCAGGACAAGGCCGAUGACAAGAGAAACGAGCAAAUCCGAAUGAAGGCCACAAAAGAAAGCCAAGACGCGAAGGAGGCGCUGGAGAAGAAGGAGAGGUUGAAGGAAGCGGCCCAGAAGAAGAAGGAUAAGCAGGAUGAGAUCGAUGCCAAGAAGCGUGUUCAGGCACAGAUCCAGGCGGAUAAAGAGGAAAGGCGCCGCAAAGCCGAGCUGGCAAAAGCCGAACGAGAAGGCAAGGCUCUUCCCCAAGAGUCCGCCCCAGUCCCUGCUCCAGCCUCCAAGCCAGCAUCCGAACACAACGAGACUCGCCUGCGUUUCCAAACCCCUCAAGGAAACAUCAUGAAAAGACUUCCCGUUACGACAACGCUUUUCGAGGUUGCUGCGGCUCUCAAGCAAGAGGAUGGCGUCGAGGUCCAAAGUUUCACUCAGACCUUCCCCAGGAAGACCUGGAACUCCGAGUUUUUCGGCGAGACAUUAAAGGAACUAGGUCUUGUGCCCAGCGCAAGCCUUAUUGUUCAAUGA